AUGGAGGAGAUGAUGCAGCCAGCCAAACACAAUUACAAUUGCAUCUUUCUCAAGACAAUUGGUCUCUCUCGCAUACUAAUCAGGUGUCGUCUGCCUGUGGCCAGAAAUUGGUUCCUCACACAAGCUAAUACACAAUCUCUCCAAGGGUUCCUCACACAAGCUAAUACACAAUCUCUCCCAGGGUUCAUCACACCAGCUAAUACACAAUCUCUCCCAGGGUUCCUUACACAAGCUAAUACACAAUCUCUCCCAGGGUUCAUCACACCAGCUAAUACACAAUCUCUCCCAGGGUUCCUCACACAAGCUAAUACACAAUCUCUCCCAGGGUUCAUCACACCAGCUCAUACACAAUCUCUCCCAGGGUUCAUCACACCAGCUAAUACCCAAUCUCUCCCAGGGUUCAUCACACAAGCUAAUACACAAUCUCUCCCAGGGUUCAUCACACCAGCUAAUACACAAUCUCUCCCAGGGUUCCUCACACAAGCUAAUACACAAUCUUUCCCAGGGUUCAUCACACCAGCUCAUACACAAUCUCUCCCAGGGUUCAUCACACCAGCUAAUACACAAUCUCUCCCAGGGUUCAUCACACCAGCUAAUACACAAUCUCUCCCAGGGUUCCUCACACAAGCUAAUACACAGCAUCUCCCAGGGCUCCUCACACCAGCUAAUACAAAAUAUCUCCCAGGGUUCAUCACACAAGCUAAUACACAAUCUCUCCCAGGGUUCAUCACACCAGCUAAUACCCAAUCUCUCCCAGGGUUCAUCACACAAGCUAAUACACAAUCUCUCCCAGGGUUCAUCACACCAGCUAAUACACAAUCUCUCCCAGGGUUCCUCACACAAGCUAAUACACAAUCUUUCCCAGGGUUCAUCACACCAGCUCAUACACAAUCUCUCCCAGGGUUCAUCACACCAGCUAAUACCCAAUCUCUCCAAGGGUUCGUCACACAAGCUAAUACACAACAUCUCCCAUGGUUCAUCACACAAGCUAAUACACAAUCUCUCCCAGGGUUCCCAACACAAGCUAGUACACCAUCUCUCCCAGGGUUCAUCACACAAGCUAAUACACAAUCUCUCCUAGGGUUCCUCACACAAGCUAAUACACAAUCUCUCCUAGGGUUCUUCACACAAGCUCAUCCACAACAUCUCCCAGGGUUUCGGUUCCUCACACAAGCUAAUACACCAUCUCUCCCAGGGUUCCUCACACAAGCUAAUACACAAUCUCUCCCAGGGUUCCUCUCACCAGCUAAUACACAAUAUCUCCCAGGGUUCAUCACACAAGCUAAUACACAAUCUCUCCCAGGGUUCCUCACACAAGCUAACACACACUAUCUCCCAGGGUUCCUCACACAAGCUAAUACACAAUCUCUCCCAGGGUUCAUCACACAAGCUAAUACACAAUCUCUCCCAGGGUUCCUCACACCAGCUAAUACACAAUCUCUCCCAGGGUUCAUCACACAAGCUAAUACACAAUCUCUCCCGGGGUUCCUCACACAAGCUAAUACACAAUCUCUCCCAGGGUUCCUCACACAAGCUAAUACACAAUCUAUCCCAGGGUUCGUCACACCAGCUAAUACACAAUCUCUCCCAGGGUUCAUCACACAAGCUAAUACACAAUCUCUCCCAGGGUUCAUCACACAAGCUAAUACACACUCUCUCCCAGGGUUCCUCACACAAGCUAAUACACAAUCUCUCCCAGGGUUCAUCACACCAGCUAAUACACAAUCUCUCACAGGGUUCCUCACACAAGCUAAUACACAAUCUCUCCCAGGGUUCCUCACACAAGCUAAUACACAAUCUCUCCCAGGAUUCAUCACACAAGCUAAUACACAAUCUCUCCCAGGGUUCAUCACACAAGCUAAUACACAAUCUCUCCCAGGGUUCCUCACACCAGCUAAUACACAAUCUCUCCCAGGGUUCCUCACACACGCUAAUACACAAUCUCUCCCAGGGUUCAUCACACAAGCUAAUACACAAUCUCUCCCAGGGUUCCUCACACAAGCUAAUACACAAUCUCUCCCAGGGUUCCUCACACAAGCUAAUAGACAAUCUCUCCCAGGGUUCAUCACACCAGCUAAUACACAAUCUCUCCCAGGGUUCAUCACACAAGCUAAUACACAAUCUCUCCCAGGGUUCCUCACACAAGCUAAUACACAAUCUCUCCCAGGGUUCCUUACACAAGCUAAUACACAAUCUAUCCCAGGGUUCCUCACACCAGCUAAUACACAAUCUCUCCAAGGGUUCAUCACACAAGCUAAUACACAAUCUCUCCCAGGGUUCAUCACACAAGCUAAUACACAAUCUCUCCCAGGGUUCCUCACACAAGCUAAUACACAAUCUCUUCCAGGGUUCCUCACACCAGCUAAUACACAAUCUCUCCCAGGGUUCCUCACACACGCUAAUACACAAUCUCUCCCAGGGUUCCUCACACAAGCUAAUACACAAUCUCUCCCAGGGUUCCUCACACAAGCUAAUACACGAUCUCUCACAGGGUUCCUCACACAAGCUAAUACACAAUCUCUCCCAGGGUUCGUCACAUAA